AUGUCGCUCUCUCUGCUUCUGCUGCUGCUGGUCUGCAGCACCCAGGCGACGGAUUUUUAUGGCACAGUGAUGACCUAUUACCCCAAAAACACUAAUGCAGAUGGAUCUAUGGCGGUACUUAACUACAACCAGAACUACAAAAACUACAACCACUACUCCACCCACAACAACUGCACCACCAACAACAACUACUGUACCAACUGUCACCACACAGGCUACAACAAUACAAACCACCAUUCCCUCACCAACUACCCAGUUAACUUCAACGACUGUCAUUUCACCCACUCCCCAAAGUACAACCAAUAUUCCCUCAACAACUACCCCACUAACUACAACCAGCACUACACCAACUACAGCUGCUACUCCAACUACCACUACACAGGCUACGACUCAAACCGACAUUCCUUCAACAACUACCCUCUCAACCACAACAACCACCAUUCCCUCAACAACUACCCCACUAACUACAACCAGCUCUACACAAACUGCAACCACUACUCCACCCACAACAACUGCACCACCAACUACAACCAGUACUCCAGCCACAACAACUGUAUCACCAACUACAACUACUGUACCAACUGUCACCACACAGGCUACAACGAUACAAACCACCAUUCCUUCAACAACUACCACUACAACCAGCUCUACACAAACUACAACCACUACUCCACCCACAACAACUGCACCACCAACUACAACCAGCACUGCACCAACUACAACUGCACCACCAACUACCACUACACAGGCAACCACUUCUCCAACCACAACAACUGCACCACCAACUACAACAACUACUGUACCAACUGUCACCACACAGGCUACAACGAUACAAACCACCAUUCCUUCAACAACUACCCAGUUAACUUCAACGACUAUCACUUCACCCACUACACAAAAUACAACCAAUAUUCCCUCAACAACUACCACUACAACGAGCACUACACCAACUACAACCACUACUCCACCAACAACAACUACUACUGUACCAACUGUCACCACACAGGCUACAACAAUACAAACCACCAUUCCCUCAACAACUACCACUACAACCAGCACUACACCAACUACAACAACUACUCCACCCACAACAACUGCACUACCAACUGCAACUACUGUACCAACUGUCAACACACAGGCUACAACAAUACAAACCACCAUUCCCUCAACAACUACCCAGUUAACUUCAACGACUAUCAUUUCACACACUCCACAAAGUACAACCAAUAUUCCCUCAACAACUACCCCACUAACUACAACCAGCACUACACCAACUACAACCACUACUCCACCCACAACAACUGCACCACCAACUACAACCAGCACUACACAAACUGCAACCACUACUCCACCCACAACAACUGCACCACCAACUACAACCAGCACUACACCAAUUACAACUGCACCACCAACUACAACUACUGUACCAACUGUCACCACACAGGCUACAACGAUACAAACCAGCAUUCCCUCAACAACUACCCAGUCAACUACAACCAUCACUACACCAACCACAACAACCAGACAAAAUACAACCAAUAUUCCCUCAACAACUACCCUGCUAACUACAACCAGCACUACACCAACUACAACUGCUACACCAACUACUACUACACAGGCUACGACACAAACCGCCAUUCCUUCAACAACUACCCUCUUAUCCACAACAACCAUCAAUACACCAACCACGACAACCAGACAAACUACAACCACCAUUCCCUCAACAACUACCCCACUAACUACAACCAGCUCUACACAAACUGCAACCACUACUCCACCCACAACAACUGCACCACCAACUACAACCAGUACUCCAGCCACAACAACUGUAUCACCAUCUACAACAAUUACUGUACCAACUGUCACCACACAGGCUACAACGAUACAAACCACCAUUCCUUCAACAACUACCACUACAACCAGCUCUACACAAACUACAACCACUACUCCACCCACAACAACUGCACCACCAACUACAACCAGCACUGCACCAACUACAACUGCACCACCAACUACCACUACACAGGCAACCACUUCUCCAACCACAACAACUGCACCACCAACUACAACAACUACUGUACCAACUGUCACCACACAGGCUACAACGAUACAAACCACCAUUCCUUCAACAACUACCACUACAACCAGCUCUACACAAACUACAACCACUACUCCACCCACAACAACUGCACCACCAACUACAACCAGCACUGCACCAACUACAACUGCACCACCAACUACCACUACACAGGCAACCACUUCUCCAACCACAACAACUGCACCACCAACUACAACAACUACUGUACCAACUGUCACCACACAGGCUACAACGAUACAAACCACCAUUCCUUCAACAACUACCCAGUUAACUUCAACGACUAUCAAUUCACCCACUACACAAAAUACAACCAAUAUUCCCUCAACAACUACCACUACAACCAGCACUACACCAACUACAACCACUACUCCACCAACCACAACUACUACUGUACCAACUGUCACCACACAGGCUACAACAAUACAAACCACCAUUCCCUCAACAACUACCACUACAACCAGCACUACACCAACUACAACAACUACUCCACCCACAACAACUGCACCACCAACUACAACUACUGUACCAACUGUCAACACACAGGCUACAACAAUACAAACCACCAUUCCCUCAACAACUACCCAGUUAACUUCAACGACUAUCAUUUCACCCACUCCCCAAAGUACAACCAAUAUUCCCUCAACAACUACCCCACUAACUACAACCAGCACUACACCAACUACAACUGCUACACCAACUACUACUACACGGGCUACGACUCAAACCGACAUUUCUUCAACAACUACCCUCUCAACUACAACAACCAUCAAUACACCAACCACGACAACCAGCCAAACUACAACCACCAUUCCCUCAACAACUACCCCACUAACUACAACCAGCUCUACACAAACUGCAACCACUACUCCACCCACAACAACUGCACCACCAACUACAACCAGCACUACACCAAUUACAACUGCACCACCAACUACAACUACUGUACCAACUGUCACCACACAGGCUACAACGAUACAAACCAGCAUUCCCUCAACAACUACCCAGUCAACUACAACCAUCACUACACCAACCACAACAACCAGACAAAAUACAACCAAUAUUCCCUCAACAACUACCCUGCUAACUACAACCAGCACUACACCAACUACAACUACUACACCAACUACCACUACACAGGCUACGACACAAACCGCCAUUCCUUCAACAACUACCCUCUUAUCCACAACAACCAUCAAUACACCAACCACGACAACCAGACAAACUACAACCACCAUUCCCUCAACAACUACCCCACUAACUACAACAAGCACUACACAAACUACAACCACUACUCCACCCACAACAACUGCACCACCAACUACAACCAGUACUACACCCACAACAACUGCACCACCAACUACAACAAUUACUGUACCAACUGUCACCACACAGGCUACAACGAUACAAACCACCAUUCCUUCAACAACUACCACUACAACCAGCACUACACCAACUACAACCACUACUCCACCCACAACAACUGCACCACCAACUACAACCACUGUACCAACUACCACUACACAGGCUACAACGAUACAAACCACCAUUCCCUCAACAACUACCACUACAACCAGCACUACACCAACUACAACCACUACUCCACCCACAACAACUGCACCACCAACUACAACAACUACUGUACCAACUACCACUAGACAGGCUACAACGAUACAAACCACCAUUCCCUCACCAACUACCCAGUUAACUACAACAACCACCACUACACCAACCACGACAACC